AUGCUACGAAAAUUGCGGCCAACUCUUCGAAAGAAGAAGAAAGCGGUCGAAAUGUACGUUUACACUCCCCUCGUUGGAAAGAAUGGAUAUGUCAUGGAAUAUCGUCACCCACAAUACACCAUGACAUUCCACUAUAAAUAUAAGGAGAAUUCUGAUGGAACCCUGACAAAAAUAGGCACCACAAUAUCUCUUGGGCAAGUGAAUGACGAAAAAGAUUACAUAUUUUAUCAGACAGUAGCCGAUAAAGAACAAAUAGCUCUCGAACAUAAAUGGAUGUCUCAACUCAGAACCGCAGGUAGUAUAUGUUUGACGGCCGAUAUUAGGAAUGACUGGAGUGACAUAAUGCAACAUAACAACAAGCUACCGAUUACCGAUAACAUCCAACGACGGCGGCUUCGCGAGGUGCUUGGUAAUCUUGCUUAUCAACAGACUGACAUAUGUAAAGAUUCACUGUUGGCAGACGCUUCUCCGUCGAGUUCUUACUCUUAUUCAAAUAACAGCUUAUUAAAUGUUAACAUUCCCCAGAGGAACUCAAAGACAGCAAAGAAAGAGAAUAAGCCUACGAAACAUGUUCAUUUGGAGCAUCCCACGUUUAGUAAGACAGCGCCUGUUGUACAUGUCUAUGACCCUGAAGAAAGUCUUGUUUAUAAAGAAUGUCAAUGCGACUACUGCCGUUAUGCAGACUACGACGUAUAA